AUGUUUGCUAGAUCUUUGAUGCUCAAUGGUAAUUGGGAAACAAUAAUAUCGCAUAGAGCAUUUGGUGUUCUGUUCGCCAAACCCAUAUCAUUCAUGUUUCCACAACUUCAAAAACUUACACUUAAAUGGUUCACCGGUGAAAGACUUUGGUCAUUCGUUGAUACUCUUCAAAAUUUGUCACAACUUAUCGAACUUGACAUUCGAUUUCUUAAGGGUAAAGCUCAAGAUACGUUACUAACGAAAGUUCUUGCUGCUAAUAACGGUCAACUUACAUCGAUAUCAUUCGAUCAGGACUCGAUUUAUCUAAAUAUAUCUGAAGAAAACAAACCGGCCUUAUCCUCGAAUAUUAUAGAGCUAAAAAUCAAUGUAACUCAACGUCAAAUGUUGUUUCGUUUCUUAACAUGGAUCCCAAAUAUACGUUGUCUACAUGUGCAUCUUAAUGAGAUUUCAGAUAGUCCAGUAACCAAACAAGAGUUGGCCAAUCUACCAUCGCUUAUUCAUCUCAUUGAAUUUAAGUUACAUUCGAUUAAUCUCGUUUGGACAUUUGAUGAAGUCUUCGAUUUAUUAGAUCGAAUGCCCAUUUUACAAAAGUUAACACUCGAUCUUCGUACAUCCGAUGAACGUUUAAUCAACGGAAGUAAUCUUAUGGUCGUCCUACGUUCACCACUCAAAGAGAUUCAUCUGUUUAUCCGCUACUACUUACCUGAACAAAACCUUAAAGCAUAUACACUGUUUACAUUAGAAGCAACUCGACCACUGAGCAUCGGUUUACUGGACGAAAUACGCCACCGUGUAUUAAUUUAUACCAUUCCUUGCGGUUUACGUUCGAUCAUUUUACCAGGAGCUAUCGGAAAAAACAUGUCAUGCAACUGGAAAUAUAUGCAACAAGUAGAAGAUCUAUGGAUUUAUGAAGCAGCAUCUCUUCAAGAAAUUUUUCUGAUUGUGCAGCAUUUUCAUCGACUUCGAACACUUCAGUUUGAACUCGCGAAUAAAUCAGAACUCAGUACCAUGACGACCAUGACACCACCAUGUGUCUUAUCAUUGCCUCGACUACUUAAGCUCGAGGUAUUUGGAAUAUGCGAACUCUAUGAUUUGAUCAGUGUUGCACCCAGACUCAACUAUUUAAGCAUUGACUAUGCUUGUCUAACAGUUCUACUUAAUGACGAGCCUUCAUGUACACAAUUAAAACAGCAAAUCACUCGCUUAGACGUUACCGAUUGGAUCGAUAUUGAAUUCAAUGUAUUAAAAAGUGUCUGCAAAGUAUUUAGCCAACUUCAUCAUCUUAUUCUUACUAUGAAGGAUUCAAAAGUGAUCAUUGAUUCAAUUGUGCUUGCACUAUUUGCUUAUUGGACCGGAGAAUAUCUUCCGUCUAUCGAUAUUAAAGCUCCUCCAUCAGAUGAAGCGUCUAAAAAUCUUCGUCAAUGGUUGAUCGAUAAUACUCAAUUAACAGCAACGGAUUCAUUUGGAAUCGAAUAUAAAGAUGAAUGGUUUGCCUUAUGGUUGUAG